CAGAUUUCUGUAGUCCCAGCGCGGGAGACCGCCAGCAAUGGGAGAAGUUCAAUGGGCAGAAACAAAGAGAAGAGCAAGGAAGUCGAGGUUUUUCCACAUAUGUGACAGGUGGUUGCUUGGAGAAAGCACAACUGCUGGCCAGGAUGCUGUACCCUUUCCUUCUUCCUCUGCCAUUUCUCAGCCUCUUGAGCAAGGCGAUUAUCUUCAAAACGGACUGAGGCUUGAUGCUACACCAUUGCAGUCUAUUGCCAGCCAACUCUUCCCAAUUCCUGGGGGAAUUGCCUCCCUUCUUAAGACAGACUUUCAGGUUGUCCUUGUAGUGUUCCCUCUGUUCCCCAUGGGGUCUCUUACCAUGACUAAGUUGAGAAAAGAGGACUUGCUAUGGAAGAUGAGUAUCAGUCAUCCGCACCCAAUGACCAGCCCAGCAAAGUUGAUGUUUCAUAAUCUUUGCCUCAACACUGGUGAUGUUAGCUGCAGAGAGAACACUGGCAUUGGUGUGACAGUCUUCCCAUCUGAUACAAUAUUCCUAUGGCAGUGCUGCUGGUACCACUCCAGAUGCUUAAUUUGGUUUCAGUAGGUCACACAUGUCUUGCACCCAUAAAGAAGAGUGGGGAUGACUACUGCAUAGUUGACCAGGAUAUUAGUUUCCUUCCGCAGAUCUCUAUCAAUAAAGAUACAAUGGAGCAACUUUCUGAAGGAUACACUGGCGCAACGGAUCCUAUGUUCAAUCUCCAUAUCAAGAUUGGCUGUCUGGGAGAGGUGGAUACCAAGAAUGACAAAUCACCAGGGCGCUCUACAAGUCGAUCAAGUAACAUUUCAAAGGCAAGCAGUCCUACAACAGGAACAGCUCCUAGGAGUCAGUCACGGUUGUCUGUAUGUCCUUCCACUCAGGACAUCUGUAGAUCUACCACCUUGCAUGAUGUGUCAGAAGAUGAGUCUGAACAUGCAACACCUGUCAUGGUGCUUACCCCUGCUAGUAGGGAGUCUGGUAAGAAACAAGUGAAACGAAGGUUUAGGCGGAGAAAAGCGAUUGGGGACAAUGUUGAGCAUACAGAAAAGCAAAGAAAAGGGAAGGACUGCAAAUUGUACCCGAUGGUUGCAAGCUCCAGAUGCAAUGCAUUGCACAAGGAAACGUAUGAUUCAUCAUCCUCAGAUGAGAAUCAGUGGGCUCAAGCUAGAAGGAGAGCCAGAGAAAAGGUCAAAGUGCCCAGGAGAGGGAGAAGGAGCAAUAGAUCUUGCAGUAACCCAGAUGGAUCUCCAAAUAACAAUGCCAUUGAACUUGUCACCCUGGGGACAACGGGGGAAAAGAAACAAGAGGUGUCUGAUUCUGAUAACCACACUUUAAAUCACAGGAGGAGAAGGGUUUCAAGAUGUAAAGAAUCUUGCCUUUCGCUGUCUUCAGUGUCCUCUCCGGAGGCGAGGAGUUUCUCAAGAAAAUGUGGAAAAAACAGGGGCAGAAGCUACCCCCAAGGGCUGCAGUCUUCAUCUCACCUUAGACAAAAUAAAGUGGUCGAGGAAGGCUUUACAGAGAGAGGCUCUGGCAGUGAUACUCUGACAGUUCCAGAAAAUGGAGAACCUGUUGGGGCAGGGCCCAAUGUGACAGAUGCAGUUCAGAAAAUUCCUGUUUUAUAUGAUGACUGGUCUGAUGAUUUAGAAGUAUGCAGGAUCUGUCACUGUGAGGGAGAUGAUGAAAGCCCUCUCAUCACACCAUGUCGCUGUACAGGGACCCUGCGCUUUGUUCAUCAGGCCUGCCUGCACCAGUGGAUUAAAAGCUCAGACACGCGCUGUUGUGAACUCUGCAAAUAUGACUUUAUAAUGGAGACCAAGCUCAAACCUCUCCGGAAGUGGGAGAAACUACAGAUGACAACAAGUGAAAGGAGGAAGAUAGUCUGUUCAGUUACAUUCCAUAUUAUUGCUAUUACCUGCGUUGUUUGGUCAUUGUAUGUUUUAAUAGAUCGAACUGCUGAGGAAAUUAAGCAAGGCAAUGACAAUGGUGUCCUUGAAUGGCCAUUUUGGACAAAACUGGUUGUGGUAGCAAUUGGGUUCACUGGAGGCCUAGUCUUCAUGUACGUCCAGUGCAAAGUCUACGUUCAGUUGUGGCGCAGACUGAAGGCUUACAAUCGAGUGAUCUUUGUUCAAAACUGCCCGGACACUGCCAAAAAAAUGGAGAAGAACCCUUCCUGCAUUCAGAGCGCUGAAAUCAAGGAUGCUGCAGUAGUGCCAGUAUCCCAGACAGGUACAAACUCACAGCAAGCAGCUGAAGAAAUGACCUCUGAGGUCAUGCCAGUUUGACAGAGGUGGCAUUGUUUCUUCACUGAAGAAGGCUUCUGAAUAGCACCAGUGAAGACUCAAGAUUCUGGUUCGUUUUCAUUCUUUAGCUACUUGGCAGAACUCUGAGCAUCAGAAGAGGCACAACUGUCUGAAGACUCAAGGUGACAUCUCUGCAUCGGUUUACAUUUGGUUCAUAUUUAGAAGAUUUUCUUCACGUAAGUGCUAAAUUGGUUCUGGAGGGGGCUUUUGGUUUUGUUUUUUAAAUGAGAAUUUAGCUUCUUUAGAAGUAGACUGCACUGACAUGGGAAAGCGUCCAACUUGUCACAGGAGAGUACAUAAUCCAAGCUUUUCUGGCUUAUACAACAUCAGUUGAAGAUAAGUUUUGCCUUUUCCUGUAUGUUUCAUGGCUAACUCAAGUGCUUUACUCACACAUUGUGCAACAACUGUUGUAAUAAUUGUCCCUGCAGAUUUAUCGUAAUUGUGAACUCAACUGUAAAAAGUGAGUCGAAGUUUAUAUAGUGUCAUAACCUAUAAUAAAAAGGUGCAAAAGGGAAACAAAAAGAUUAAACUAGUCCAAAUAAAAACUCCUGCGGAUAUCACUCAAGGACUGUAAUUAAGAUCAUGCUGCUAAAGAAGUGUGAGUCCCAAAAUCAACAGACCAAAAUUGUUGUGAGAGUCCCAAAAUCAACAGACCAAAAUGGGGGUGUCAAAAAUUAGGCCCAAUAUUGCCGGACCAAAUAAUUAGAGGACUGGCUAUUCCACUCAUCACUCCCUAACAGAGAUUAGAGAUGGGGAAGGGGAAGUGGGGAGUUUCACCAUCAUGGCUGCCACCCCUACCAUGUUCUGGGACCUCAGGAGCCACUGUGACAUUGUUGGGCUUUUGUCCGCCUAAUCCUGAGAGAUGUCCUGACCAGUCAGGGCCAAGAGAGGGACCCAGAUGACAUCAACACCUUCACUGGCUCCAGCUACAUCCCGAACACCAUCUAGGAUGUGAGACUUUGUCACACACACCCUGUGUAUCCUUUUCCUGCCCCACCUUAUUCCUUCUCUUUCCUAUCCCUCUCUUUUUUCCUUCUGUUUAAUAAAAGUCAGGCUUAGCCAGCCAGGACUAUAUAUUUUGCAACACUGCUGUAAGCCUGUGACCAGAGAGAAUAAUGAAAGCAAUUUCCUAAACUGCCUGAAGCUGGUGCAAGUUUACCAGGUCUCAGAGUGACUAAUCAGACCACGUGCCAUGCUGUUGUUUCUCCAGCGGUGAAGAUGCUAGCGGAGACAACACAAAGACAGGCACCAUUUUCUAUUUUUCUUUUCCUGUUCUUUUUCAUCCCUUCUUGUGUGCAUUUGUCUUGUUUUGUCUUCUAGGAAACAGGAUUGAUUAGUCUUUAACAACAGCUUCAGCUCAUCUCAGCUAACUUUUUCUCUUCUCAAAAAAGGAGAGUUACCAUCUAAAAGACUGUCAAAAUAGGCAAGGUUUCCUUCUAAGAACUCUCUCCAGGGAAAGGGAACAAGAAAUGUUGUUAAAAUGAAAGCCUUACUUAAUACUUCAUUUUUCAAAUGCUUUAACUGUUUUUCCUUCGUUUUCUGCAUCUUUAGUAAAAGAUUUUUAAUGGUGUUUGCCAUGAGACUAAGCAGGCUAAGGUACCUGUGUACCAAACACUUAAACCUUGUUUAACUCUGUUUAAUGUUUGAGGGUCAUGUUAACACUUUUGACUCUCUGGGCCCAAAUUUUUCAUCCAUGUCACAGAAGAUACUUUGUGCUUUGUAUUUAUAACAAUGGGGUGGGGGGGGGAAAUAGAGAAAUGAAUCAUUUUCUUUUCUGGAAGAAAUUCAUAGCUAAAAAAGUCCCACAUGUAGGAACCUACCUACUGUAGUACUGAGCAUAGCUUCUGAGUAGCAAAAUAGCACUAACAAUGCAGUGAAUGGCUAUAACCCUACAAAAUUAAUAGUGUAAAGUAAUUAAAUUAUAUUUGUACCGUUCUUUAAAGAUCUAAAACAAUACAAUUAUUUUUGUACUAUGUCAGAUUAGUAGUUCAGGUAAAUUGUGCAGCUAUGCCAUGAUAAUUUAGAGGGUCCCAAUUCAGUAGUUUCCACACAAAACGUGUCUUAAAUUUAAAGUAUUCUCUGGAACCUAGAAUUUUAUUUAUUCUAUUACUCUGUCAUUGAGAAGUCAAAAUAGCUACUGCUGCUUUAUUCUUGGGGCUGUGAUUUUGCCACCAGUCCGCACAGAGUCCUUGAGGAAUUAAAAUUCACCUACCAGCCGCUGGUCUGGGGUGCCUUUUUCACUCCUUUUAAAAUCAUCACAGAAUUGUCUCCAGGUUCCUACUCUCCGUUAGCUUCCCUGACAAAUCGGGAUUUAGUACCACAGCUCAUAAGGCUCUCACUGGUUUGUUCAACUGCUUUCCAAACACUACCAUCCCCACCUACCCUUUGACACGCUUAGAUUUGGGUUGUUGGGUUUCGGUUGUUUGGCUUUAAAAACCUAAAGACUGCAACAGCUAUGACAAAAGUCCAUGAUUCAAAACACUGAACCUUUAGUAUUUGCAGCCAUCUGUAAAGAAGCAAAAUUCAAUAAACAAAACCCAUUCCGAGAGCUUGCUCUAUCAAUUAUGUUUAAAGACAACAUAACAAACCAGACGGAAGUGGACUCAAGUGCUAUAAUACACAGAGGUGGCUAGGGGAUGAGGAACCCCAAAACUGGCCAAAUAAAGAAAUAGGCAGGGAAAGAAAUUUGACUCUAAGAUAGAAACACGAACAACAAAAGGCAAUAUGCCUUAGCAUUUGUAAUGAGAAAAAAAGAGCAGUGAACAGCACCAAUAAUUUCUUCUCCGGUGCAGGGAUUUUUAUAUUCUAAGCACCAAACAUGACAAAUUGGGGCUUUUUCCGCUCCAUUCUAUCAGUUUUAUUCCUAUUCUUUAUGGAAACAGAAUUUGAGAGAGAUGAAAUAAAUACGUCUCUACAGAAGUUGUUCUAAAAUCUAUAGGAGAUUUAAUAGAAAGUGAGAAACUUUCUAAAGGCUCUUUGAACCAUCUAUAACAGGGUAUAAUUUUCUUUCAUUCUAAUGGAAUGGUUCAAAAACCUUUGGAAGUUUAUUUUCUAUUAAACUCUAUAGGACUGUUCCAUAAGGGACAUGAGAAAUUUCUGCUUCGGUGAAGUCAAGGAAAGCCAUGAGUAUACACUUAAGGGCAAGAUUUGGCCCUGAAUUGCUAGUUAUGGAAACAUGAACAGCACUUUUAAUAAAUUAAAACAUGUAUCAUGUUCAAUUAAUACCCUCCAUCGAGUGAUGUCUCAGCAGCAGUAGCAGAGUUUUCAAAGUGUGUAUAACCAGGUCAACCAUACAAUACGACCAACUGAACAAGCCCACACACAAAUAUUUCAUGAGACAAAUUUUCAAAAGUGACUAGUUCACAUUUAGGUACCUACACUAAGUACUAUGGGAGCUGCUAAACACUGAGUACUUUGAAAAUCUGUUCCUUCCCUAACCCCAAUUGAGGGUGCUCAGCACUCUUCAUAUACCGGUACGUUGUGUAAGAAACCACCACAAUGAACAGGUCAGAAUUAGGAUUGUGUACUUGAUUGUGAUUUUCAGGUUUUAUGUAGGAAACAAGGGUAAUAGUAUGUUGAAUUGAAAGUGAUUUGUAUCAGAGUAUUAGCAUGUCAGUGGGGUAGAGUGUUGCAGUGGUACUAAAUUAAUGCUUGCAGAUUGGCAUUUUGUUAUGUGUGUGUUGGCUUAAUUUAUUAUUUCCUUGCCUUGUAGAGACCCAAGAAAAUUAAA